AUGAGGCUCCCAGUUUUUGGCAAUAAAAUUCUUAAAGGAAAUGCUGGCCACCUGUCUGACCGCCAUAUCGCAAUUUCCUUCAACUAUUAUCUGAAGCAGUCUGACCAAAUGCUGGGGCACAUUUUCUUCAGCAGCUUUCCGUUCACUGGGAUUGGGGCUGAGUGCACCCUGCAGGAUCACCACCAGGCUCGGAAGAUCCAUCACGCUUUCGCUUCAGUUUCUUCUGGCUUAGAGAGAGAAAACGAGAUUGCGGUGGGAGAGAGACAGCGAAGAAUCGCUAGGGGAGGCGAAGGCGGAAUUGAAUCGGCGCUGGCGGCAAGGGCGGUGCGCAGCCAGAGGGCGCAGCUGGAUCGCAUGCGCUCCGGCGCCCAGAAGGCGCUCUGGGGGCUUAAGUUCAUCAGCGACGGCAAAAAAAGCCACGUCGACGGCUGGAGCGAAAAAGUGACAGGGGAGGUGAGUCCAAGUCUUAGAUAA